CCCUAUCUGCCAUGCAAAACGAGGGAGCCUUAUGAAGGAAUCCGUCUUGUAAAGCCAUUGGUCCUGGUCAUCAGCCGCUACCCAAUGCUUUCGCGAUGCUGCCGCUGAUCUAUUUGGGAAGUUGGCUGGCUGGCGAGGCAGAGCCUCUCCUCAAAGGCUGGCUCCCACGGAAAAUAUGCUCAGUGCAGCCGCGUGUGUGAAUGCAAACGCCGCCAGGCGCUUCUUCUAGUCGGGCAAGAUGCAGGCGAGAACUCCGCUCACCCUGUGCGUCCUGCUGUCCCAGGUGCUCCUGGUAACAUCUGCAGAUGAUUUGGAAUGCACCCCUGGAUUCCAGCAGAAAGUGUUACACAUCCACCAGCCUGCCGAAUUCAUCGAGGACCAGCCCGUCCUAAACUUGACCUUCAGCGACUGCAAGGGCAAUGAGAAGCUGCACUAUGAGGUCUCAAGCCCACACUUCAAGGUGAACAGCGAUGGCACCUUAGUGGCUCUCAGAAACAUCACUGCAGUGGGCAGGACCCUGUUUGUCCAUGCGAGGACUCCUCAUGCUGAAGAUAUGGCAGAACUCGUGAUUGUUGGGGGAAAAGACAUCCAGGGCUCCUUGCAGGAUAUUUUUAAAUUUGCAAGGACAUCUCCCGUCCCAAGACAAAAGAGGUCCAUUGUGGUGUCCCCCAUCUUGAUCCCAGAGAACCAGAGACAGCCUUUCCCCAGAGAUGUCGGCAAGGUAGUCGAUAGUGACAGACCCGAAGGGUCCAAGUUCCGGCUCACUGGGAAGGGAGUGGAUCAAGACCCUAAAGGAACUUUCAGAAUCAAUGAGAACACAGGCAGCGUCUCCGUGACACGGACCCUGGACAGAGAAACAAUCGCUACUUAUCAACUGUUUGUGGAGACCACGGAUGCCAAUGGCAAAACUCUGGAGGGGCCAGUGCCUCUGGAAGUCAUCGUGAUUGAUCAGAAUGACAAUAGACCCAUCUUCCGGGAAGGCCCUUACAUCGGCCACGUCAUGGAAGGGUCACCCACAGGGACCACGGUGAUGCGGAUGACAGCAUUUGAUGCAGAUGACCCGGCCACUGACAAUGCUCUCCUGAGGUACAACAUCCGUCAGCAGACGCCUGACAAGCCAUCUCCUAACAUGUUCUACAUUGAUCCCGAGAAGGGAGACAUUGUCACCGUGGUGUCACCUGCGCUGCUGGACCGGGAGACUCUGGAAAACCCCAAGUAUGAACUGAUCAUCGAAGCUCAAGACAUGGCAGGAUUGGACGUCGGACUGACAGGCACAGCCACAGCCACCAUUGUGAUUGAUGACAAAAAUGAUCACUCACCAAAAUUCACCAAGAAAGAGUUUCAAGCCACGGUGGAGGAGGGAGCCGUGGGAGUCAUUGUCAACUUGACAGUGGAAGACAGGGAUGAUCCCACGACAGGAGCCUGGAGGGCCGCAUACACCAUCAUCAAUGGAAAUCCUGGGCAGAGCUUCGAGAUCCACACCAACCCACAGACCAACGAGGGCAUGCUCUCUGUGGUCAAGCCCCUGGACUAUGAGAUCUCUGCCUUUCACACCCUGUUGAUCAAAGUGGAGAAUGAGGACCCACUGGUACCCGACGUUUCCUAUGGCCCAAGCUCCACAGCAACUGUCCACAUCACAGUCCUGGAUGUCAAUGAGGGACCAGUCUUCUACCCAGACCCCAUGAUGGUUACUAAACAGGAGAAUAUCUCUGUGGGCAGUGUGCUGCUGACAGUGAAUGCCACGGACCCAGACUCCCUGCAACAUCAAACUAUCAGGUACUCUGUUUACAAGGACCCAGCAGGCUGGCUGAGUAUCAACCCCAUCAAUGGAACCAUCGACACCACAGCUGUGUUGGACCGGGAGUCCCCAUUCGUCCACAACAGUGUGUACACUGCCCUGUUCCUGGCUAUCGACAGUGGCAAUCCUCCUGCGACUGGCACAGGGACUCUGCUGAUAACCCUGGAGGACAUUAAUGACAACGCUCCAGUCAUUUACCCAACGGUGGCUGAGGUCUGCGAUGAUGCCAGAAACCUCAGCGUGGUCAUUCUGGGGGCUUCAGACAAGGACCUGCACCCCAAUACAGACCCCUUCAAGUUCGAGAUUCAUAAACAGACCGUCCCUGAUAAAGUAUGGAAGAUCUCCAAAAUCAACAACACCCACGCCCUCGUGAGCCUUCUUCAGAAUCUGAACAAGGCGAACUACAACCUGCCCAUCAUGGUGACAGAUUCAGGGAAGCCACCCAUGACAAACAUCACGGACCUCAGGGUGCAGGUGUGCUCUUGCAAGAACUCCAAAGUGGACUGCAACGGGGCAGGGACCCUGCACCUCAGCCUCAGCUUGCUGCUGCUCUUCUCGCUCCUCAGCUUAUUGUCAGGUCUGUGAGGACGACACAUCUGAAGCUUGACUCCCAAGUUGCCAUAGCAACAAGAAAAAGAAAAAAAAAACAGGAAAAAAAAAAGUCUAUCCAAAUCUGAAGAUUGCCGUUUACAGCUCUCAAACUUCACAACCAGGCCUCAACUGCCCCACACCCUCCGUUUUCUUUGCAGUUUUGUUUAAUCUGUACCUCACCGUUUGACAGCAUCUUCCUUCCUCCUUUGAUUAAUGGAACCCUCUGGAUUUGCCCUGAAUGUUUAAAGAUCAUGCGUGUCACUGGACCUUAGGGAGCAGAAACGAUGACUACUUUUUCUGAUGUGUUGACAUGUUGCUAGCCAGUGCUCCACCCACGCAGCUGUGUGGUGGGUUCCUAUCUGUACGUGGAUGGGUAUCUGUCUGUGUAUAGACCCAGUAUUUGUGUAGAAGACUGCAGGAGACGCCUGCUUUUGAGAUGGUUAGGUGGAGGAGGUGGAAGCUCAGACAACUCCACCCUCCAGUCAAGGUCAGUCCACUGAGCUGUCUGUCACUCACUUGUAUAGCAAGGGCCUGCUCAGUCUAAACAUGGAAUGCUGACCGACCAGCCAGGCAGGUCCAGGGGUUGGGGAUGGGGGAAGGGCAAGGGAAAGAAGUCCUCUCUGCUUAGGACUGCCACCACGCCCCAUUACCACCAGAUGCCAUGGCUUGAUGUCCUGACUCCCAAGUAGGGAGCAAGGCAUCUUGCCAUCAGAGGCUAAGGGCUGAACAAUUCUCCCACGGGCAAGAGUCUGCCACUGUACCGCCCCAGACCCACAGUCCUAGGGUCCUUGUGGUGACACAGAUCAUGGUGGCGACCCUCUCCCUCUUCGGUGUAUGUACAAGUACAAAUGUCAUCAUGGCGUACCUAUGAAGAGACCAACAGGCACCAUCUUGUAUGCACAUAUAUUACCCACACAUGUACACACGCGUUAUGCAUAUCCGCACCGUUUAUUUCCUAUAUACAGGCAUAAAAUAGAGUAAGCCCAGGUAGUUUUUCAAGUACCCUUCCGUGUGACUACCGUUGUUCGCAAAGCUGAGAAUAAAAAGUUGUUCAUUAUGUCUGGAAAGGAAUUGAGUUUUGUCCUGUGAGCAUGUCAGGCUAAGAAGAACAUCAAUGCUCCCACUAGGGUUUAUCUUCUCCUUGACAAACCGUAAAUGAGCCAUCGAAGGUCACACCAAAACGUUUUCUAUCGAAUGAAGCUAGUGCUGGCCUGUGGCUUUAGAGCUCAGCAGGAGCUAGGGUAAGGUAAGUGUCUUGGUGUGUUUUAAUGCUGUUGCUUACUAGAGGUUUUAACCCCACACGCACUGGCGCGCACAUGCUUACUUCUGCACUCUGUGUCGGCCCCGUGUUUUUGAGUUUGCCUUCCGCCAGCAGUAGAGUCAUAUGUCGUCCUUGUUGUAGUGAGAUUACGUGGGCAGAGAUCCACACACUGCUCUUCGUUUCCAUUUUGGACCAUACAGAAUGCAGAGAUUUUUUUUUUCCAUUAAAAUAAAUGGGUAUUGGUGGUUAAAA